AUGGCGGCAACGGCAACUGAGGAGAUGUCGAACACAACAGAACAAACGCUAGAAUGGGAGACAUUGGCUCGAGCCUGGGUGAACGCAUUCCCAGAAGCAAAACCUCUGAACAUAAGCCAAGUCGAAUUGUGGAUCAACUCCAACUUUGGCUCGCUACCACCUGACCUCCAAUCCAUGCCACGAUCUGAGCUCAUCGCUCGACUCCUCUCCAUUCAAAAUCACUUGAGAUUACCCUCCCACUCCCAGGAAAAGGAACCGAGCCAGCCUGAUCUUCUGCCGGCUCGUUUUCAGCGCACUGAUCAGUAGAUACCAGUAUACUCAUGGUUUGAAUCAUUGGAUACUGAUGAAGUAGUCAAAUCUAAAGAUAUCUCGGAUUGGUUAAACGAGAACCUGCAGGUCAAGGACCAAUUGUGUUCUAGGCAUUCCAAAUACCAUUUGAUGCACUAUAUAAAGAAAUGCCAUUUAAAGAUAAUAAAAAGGAGGGAGAAGAAGGUUAGUUUGCAGCCCUCGAAUAACGGAACUACAUUGAAAGUUCAGAAGGAUUUUGCAAAAAAGCCAGCAGCACUGCUAAGCAAUCCUUUGAACAAUAUACCUAAAGACAGUGACCUCUACAUAGCAAAACGAAAUGAAGCUUUACGCAAAUAUGAGAUAUGAGGAUCAUUUAUUUUAUUCUUCCGUUUCUAGUUCGAACUUAAUGAUUUUCUUUUAAAAUCUUUUUGCCAUGAACUGGAGUUGCUCAUGCAAGUAACUUUUAAAGAUAUAUUCAAGAGAUUUGAGUUCAAAUUUUAACAUAUGCAAAUUUAUUUGAUAAUUUUAAUGAUGAAAUUUCAGCUUAUUAGAGUUGGAGAAGAAGCUUUUCCCCAUGUUUUCGAAGAAGAAAUGAAAGGGAAUUUCAGAAAGAGUGAAAUCAACCAUGAUGAUGACGACUUCUCCACUCGGUAACUUUUUUAUUAAUAAUCCAUUAUGUAAAUGAUUAGGCUAUGGAGAUUCUGUUAGAACAGUGAAACUUUGAUAUAAGAUUUAAAACUGUAAAUUAAGAUUUGUUAUGUAAAUCAUCCAAAAUAAAUUAAGAGCAAACUAAAUAUAGAAGCGUA